GCUCUGUUCCGCUCUACUGUUGUUCCAUGCAUUGAUAGGAAGUGAAUCGAUUACGCUUGAAAGAUACUGGAGUGUAAAACGAUGCCAAUGUAAAAAAAUAUUGCUCAAAACGAAGAGCAAAGGAGGACGAAUGCAGACAGACAAAGAUGGAAAAAAAGAAGGAGGAUCCCUCAUUCUUGGACAGGACACCGCAGACAGUUGAGGCCAAUGGAGGAAGUCUCAGUCACCAGCCAUCUCCUCUUCCCGAACUUCGUGUGGUUUUACUAGGCCGCAAAGGUGCUGGGAAGAGCUCAGCUGGAAAUACUAUUCUAGGCCUGGCAGGAGGGUUUGAGGUGAAUAAACCGACUGAGGAGUGUGUGAAGAGGCGCGCAGAUGUGGCAGGAAGGCGCGUCACGGUUGUGGACACCCCGGGCUGGGAAUGGUACUAUCCAGUGAAUGGGACUCCCGGUUGGGUGAGGAGAGAAACUAAGCGAAGCAUGUCCUUGUGUCCACCAGGCCCUCAUGCCGUUCUUCUAGUGGUGCGAUCCUGUACGUCAGUGACAGCCGAGUAUCAUCGGCAGAUCGAGGAGCACCUGGAGCUGCUGGGCAAAGCGGUGUGGGAUCACACACUGGUGCUGUUCACACGAGGGGACGAACUGGGCUCUGUUCCCAUCGAACAGAGGAUUCAAAAUGGCGGCAAGGCCUUCCAGAGGCUCCUGGAACGGUGUGGGAACAGGUUUCACGUUCUGGAGAACAAGCGGCGUGUCGAUGAUGGAUCGCAGAUGAAGGAACUGAUGAAGAAGUUGGAUGAGCUGAUCGGAGAGAGAGGAGGGAGAUAUUAUGAGACAGAUAUGCUGCUUCUAGAACUGGAGGUGGAGAGUAAACGGAGGGCACGAGAAAGGAGGAAGAAACAGAGGCUGAUGGAGGUGCAGACACUCAGAGGAACCAUCAGAGCUGCGCUGAUGAAUGACAAUCCUCAAAUUGAAGACCAGGAUGAGAAGAAUCUCUUCUCCAGAGGUUCACGGCGUCUCCCGGAGCUGAGACUGGUUCUGCUGGGAGAGAGAGAAACGGGGAAAAGCUCGGCUGGAAACGCUAUCCUCGGAGGACCAGGAUACUUUCAAAGUGGAGCGGCGACAGAGGAGUGUUCGAGACAGCAGACAGAGGUAUCUAAUAGACUGGUGAUGGUGGUGGAUGUGCCUGGAUGGGAGGACGGACCAGAGGGAACAACUCCAGAGAGAGUGAAGCGAGAGAUUGGAAUGAGCGUAACGUUAUGUCCUCCUGGACCUCAUGCGUUUCUUUUGACAUUAAGAGUGGACGCACUCGUCCAAGCACAGUCGGUGCGGGAGCACUUGGAGCUUCUGGGAGAGACGGUUUGGAGACAUACACUUCUUCUGUUCACAAGGGGCGACCAGCUACGAGAGGGAGUCACAAUUGAGCAGCACAUCCAAGGAGGAGGAAAGGAACUUCGCUGGUUGGUGGAACGAUGUUCGAAUAGGUUCCACGUCAUCAGCAGCAAUUCUUAUUUGGAAUCACAGAAUUCCAAAGCACAAAUAACAGAACUUCUGGAGAAGAUUGAGAAGAUGGUGGCGGGAAAUCGGUGUGAGGCCUUCUCGCCACUAGUGCAUGAGAUUCAAGAGUUAGGGAGACAAAAAAAUGAAAAAUUUCAACUGAAGAUCAAGGAGUUUAGCGAAAAGUUUCAACGGCAGGAGGAAGAACUGAAGAAGAUGAAGGAACGAGAGGUCAAGAGCAUUCGGUGGUUUUUCGAUAGACGCAAAAAAGACAAAGUACAAUCUCCUGAGAAGGCCGAAAGGGAAGAGUCACCGUACAAGGGCGAAGAUGACAGGAGAAGUGUGAUGGGUGAGCUGGAGGAAAGGAUGGCGUGGUUAACGGAAGACAAGGAGCGAGAGAUACAAGAGCUGAGCGCUGAAAUAAGCAAAGUCAUGGUGACUCACCAUCAGGGAGUGAAAGAGAACAAGCAACUGCUAAUGAGAUUAGAGGAAAGAGAACGCGAGGGGGAAGAACUUAAAGAGAAAGUGGACGAGCUUCAAAUAAAAUUGCUGGAACUGGAGCGUUUGGGUGCCAUGAAAGAGCAAGAACGAAAAGAGAGAGAGACCGAAAUUCAGCGAGCUCACUUGGACGAGAUGAAUGAACUUAAAAACAAAUUGCUGGACGCUGAAAAAGAGAUUGACAGUAUGAGAGGCAAGGCUGAUGAAACUCAAAAAGAGAUGGAUUCCUCACAACGCAGGUAUGAAGAAGAGGCCAGGCAGCAAAAGCAAGAGAUAGAGAGCAAAUUGAAAGAGAAGGACAAUGACAUUGAAAACAUUUUAAGAGAAAUUGAGGAGGUGAAACUUAAGGCUGAGAGCAGAGAAAGAGAACAAAGUGAGAAAUUCAGGGAAAAGGUUGAGAAGAGAGAGAAAGAGAUGGACAAGCUGAGAGAGAUGAUGGAGAUGAUGACAAAAGAGAUGGAGCAGCUACGAAUGUCUUAUCAAGAGCAAGUGAAAACAACAGAAGCCGAGAGAGAAAUGCGUGGAGACAUUGUGGAGAAAUACAACACGCUCAUAGAUAAACUUGUAGGGAAAGACAAAGAAAUAGAGCAAACGAUGAAAGACAAGGAAAAAGAGCUGAAUCGAAAUGCUAAAACACAAGAGCAGCUUCAGCAAAAAGAAGACGAAAUAGUCAAAUUAAGACAAAGAGAUCAAGAAAAGGACAGAGAACUGAAGACAGUGAAGCAAAACAUUACCGAAAAACAGAGGGAUAUAGAAAAGUUAAAAGACACUGUUCAGACAAAUACUGAAAAACACACAGCUGAACUUAAAGUUUUGGAGGAAGAGUUGAAAGCAAAAAAAGAUGAAAUAGACAAAUUAAAACAAAAAACCCUAGAGAAAGACAAAGACAUUGACAAACUAAAGCAAAACAUUUCCGAAAAACAAAAUGAUAUUGAAAAGAUAAAAGACAGUGUUCAGGCACAUAUUGAAGAAAAUGCUGCACAACUUAAACAUCUACAGGAGGAAUUCAAAGUAAAAGAAAAGGAAAAUGAAAGAUUAAGACGGAAAGACCAGGAGAAAGAACGAGAAAUUGACAUACUUGGGCAAAACAUUAGCAAAAAACAGAAAGACAAUGAAAAGUUAAGAGACUAUAUUGAAGAAAGUGUGGCUCAACUGAAGCAUUUAGAGGAAGAGCUGAAAAUGAAAGAAGAGGAAAUAACCAAAUUAAGACAAAGAGACCUGGAGAAAGACAAUGAAAUUCACACACUUAAGAAAAAUAUUAUUGGCCAACAGCAAGACGCUGAAAAAUUUAAAGUCAGUCUUCAGUCAAAUAUUGAAGAAAGUGCUGCUCAAUUGAAGCGUUUAGAGGAAGAAUUAAAAAAAAAAGAUGAGGAAAUAAUCCAAUUAAGAACAAGAGACCUGAAGAAAGACAGAGAAAUGAACACACUGCAGGAAAACAUUUGUGAAAAACAAAAAGACAUUGAAAAGUUAAGAGAGAAUAUUCAAGCACAUAUUGAGGAAAGUGCAGCUCAACUAAAACAUUUAGAUGAGGAGCUACAAACAAAAGAAAAUGAAAUAACCAAAUUAAAUGAGAGAGACAUGGAGAAAGACAAAGAAAUGGAGACACUGCUGCAAACAGUCCAUGAAAAGCAUAUAAGAGACAUAGAAAAGUUGAAAAACUGUGUUCAAGCAAAUACUGAACAAGGUGCUGCUCAACUAAAACUUCUAGAGGAGGAGUUUGACGUAAAGAUGGAGGUCUACAAAAGAAAGAAUACAGUUAUGGAAAAGGAGAUGGAAAAUAUAAAGAAACAGUAUGAGGAAACAAGACUAAUAAUGGAGAUGAAAGAGAAUAUAAUCAGUCAGUUACAACAGCAACACGCAGACAAUGAAAGACGCUCAGAAGAGCUGAGACAACAGCACAGGGAACAGCAAGAACAAAACGACGUCCUACAAAACUUGAACACAGAACUGGAGAAAGAAUUCAAAGAGCUGAAAAGCAAAUGUGAGGGACUUCAGACUCAGUUAAAGACUUCAGUUGAGCGCUAUGAGAUACAGAUGAAAGAAACUAAAGGGUUAGAACAACAGCUAGAAGAGUUAAAACGGCUGAUGGAUGAGAAGGAGAAAGAGAAAGAGAGUGAUAUGCAAGACAUUAAGGUGUAUUAUGAGAAAAGACUGAUAGAGAGGCAUGAAGAGCAUGAGACAGAGAGAGAACAAGAGCUUUGCAAAAGAGAGAGGGAGGUAGAAAAGAAAGAAGAAAAAUUUGCACAAAACAAACAAGAUUUGUUAAUGAGAGAGGGUGAAAUUACUAGGAGAGAGCAAGCACUAACAGAUGAAAAGCAGAAUUUGGAGGUGCAAAUGUACAGGAUUAAAGAAGAGGAGAAGAAUCUGGUAAACGAGGGCGAGAAUAACAAGCGUUUGGCUGUCGAUCUGAUGAGAAUGAGAGAAGAGAUUGAGAAAAAAGCGGAAGAGCUUAUGGUCGAAGAGGAAAAAUUAAAGGUGCAAGAGCAGCAAAUAAAAUGUAAAAAGGAUGAGCUACAAGCAAUGGAGAGGAUAUUGGAGAACAAGGAAAAGGAAAUAAAAGAUCUGAAUGAAAAGCAGGAGAAAAAUAUGGAAAACCUUAGACAGCAGCUAGAAAGGAGAGAACAAGAGCUGUUUGAAACAGAGGAGAAAUUUGUUGAAAAACAACACAGCCUUAAUGAAGAAGAAAAAUCUUUGGAGAUGCUCAGAUCAAAUCUGGAAAUGAGAGAAAAUGAACUUAAUCAACGGGAGCAGAUGUGGGAAGUAAAAACCAAAGAACUUUCAAAGAGCUCAGAGGAACUUGAUGAUAACAAACACAACAUGCAAAAACGGCAAGCCGAGUUGAGCAAUAAGGAAAAUUAUCUUCUGCAAAAAAUAAAAGGAUUGCAAGAAAAGGAGCAAGAACUUGUUCAGAGAGAGCAGGACCUUGAACUCAAAGGUCAAAGACUGAUGGAGCAACAACGAGAUAUGGAAAAACAGGACAAUACUCAGCAAAACCAGACAGCUUCACCUGAUGAGCAUGACCUGGAGCUUGAGAGCAUCAGAGAAGCAUUAGGAAAAAGGGAGCAAGAGCUGAUAAAAGCCGAAGAAGCACUUUCUCAAAGAGAGCAGAAGCUGAAAAGUGAAGAAAUCUUUUUGGAGAAAAGACAGCAAGUCAUGCAAAAACGGGAAGAACAUCAUGAAGACUUGUUACACGGUCUGAAGAAACAGCAGGAUGUUUUGAAAGACAGAGAAUGCUCUUUAGAUACCAGAGAAACAGAUCUGCAUCAACUGCAAUUGGAGCUCUCUAUGAGAGAUAAUAAACACCAAUAUUUACAGAACCAAGAAUUAGAUCUAAAGAAAAAAGAGAGCGAUGUUGAGGCCAAAACACAAAUGCUAGAACUCCUAAAAACAACACUAGAUGGGAGAGAAAAAGAGCUUGAGGAACAUCAAAACCAACUGGACAGCAGAACGCUGGAGCUAAAUAAUGAACAAGACAAGCUGGAAAAGAAGCGAGAGGAACUUGAGAAAUGGGAGAAGUAUUUGUAUAACACAGAGCUCAAAUCGAUACAAAAAGAGCCUUUCUCAGGGUAUCGCCAAUGGAAAAACAGCACUGAAAUUAAUGGGAAACACAUGGAAGCUGAAAAAAUCCAUGGAUUGUGUCAAGAAGUAGGAGUGGAGGGUGGCAUUUGUGACGCAACAGACACAAGAAGUGAAGAGCGACUGGAGUUGGCUACUAUAAACUGUGCAAACAACAGAUCAGUAAAGAACCAGAGGGUUAAACGAACACUGGAGGAAGAUGGUGAGAGUGACAAUUCUGAAAGCAAAAGUGAGGAAGACUUCUUUGAAUCUUCAAGCGCUAGUUUCCAACUUACCGGAGGUACACCCUUUCCUGUGUCUGAACUAAGGCUGAUGCUUUUAGGAGACUCCUGGUCGCCCCGUCACCCAGCGAAAUGUACAAUUGUGGGGCCUGAUGCAAAUGGAAGCAACCCUUGGAGGGGAGAAAUAUCCAGCAGGCAAAUCACCAUUGUAGAGCCUCAGGACCUGAAAUGGAGAUAUGGGACUGACAGUAAAGGCACAUUUCAAAAACAUCUCUUUCAAAGUAUCUCUCUGUGUCAACCUGGACCACAUGCAUUCAUCCUGGUAAUACCUGCUUAUGUAUCAUUCACUGGUCAGUACAUGCGUGCAGUGGAACGUACCAUGUCAGCGUUAGGAGAAGCAUCGUGGAAGCACGCUGUUGUUCUGCUCACCUGGGGGGAAACAUUAGGAGAGAGUGUCCAUCAGCAUGUGAAGAGAAACGGUGACCUGGAGCGGCUGGUUCUGAAGUGUGGGAAUAGAUGCCAUGUGCUUGACAACGGACAUCGGGAAUCUCACGUGGUUAAGUUGCUGGACAAGGUUGAGGAGUUGCUUGGAGGAAACAAUGGACAUUACUACAAACUGGACUGAAAUAGAGAAUUUAAAGUGAGCCUUUAUGACUGUUAAUAAUAUUUAAAUUAUGAUAUAGUCUGGUAGAUUGUCUUGACAUUCUCGACUUUAAACAUAUAUGUGAUUAGCAGUACAAAUGAAAAUAAACAAGAUUAUAAAAA